AGGUGGGGGAGGGCGGUCUGUGUGUGUCUGUGUUGUUGUUCCGCGGCGGCGGCAGCGGCGGCGGCGGCAAGAUGGCUGCCCACGGGGGCUCCGCGGCGUCCUCGGCACUGAAAGGGUUAAUUCAGCAGUUCACCGCCAUCACCGGGGCAAGUGAAAGUGUUGGGAAACAUAUGCUUGAAGCCUGCAACAAUAACCUGGAGAUGGCAGUCACUAUGUUUUUGGAUGGUGGAGGAAUCGCUGAAGAGCCUAGUACCAGUUCAGCAAGUGUCUCUACUGUCAGACCACACACAGAAGAAGAAGUUCGUGCCCCAAUUCCUCAAAAGCAAGAAAUAUUGGUGGAACCAGAACCUUUGUUUGGUGCUCCUAAAAGACGACGGCCUGCACGCUCAAUAUUUGAUGGUUUCCGGGACUUUCAAACUGAAACUAUUCGACAAGAACAGGAAUUAAGAAAUGGAGGAGCAAUAGAUAAGAAACUAACUACCCUUGCAGAUCUAUUCCGGCCACCCAUUGAUUUGAUGCAUAAAGGCAGCUUUGAAACAGCGAAAGAGUGUGGCCAGAUGCAGAAUAAGUGGCUGAUGAUAAACAUUCAAAAUGUACAAGACUUUGCAUGCCAGUGCCUCAACCGUGAUGUAUGGAGCAAUGAAGCUGUGAAGAAUAUAAUACGGGAACAUUUCAUUUUCUGGCAGGUGUAUCAUGACAGUGAGGAAGGUCAGAGAUACAUACAGUUUUAUAAGCUAGGGGAUUUCCCCUAUGUUUCCAUCUUGGAUCCGCGGACAGGUCAGAAGCUAGUAGAGUGGCACCAGUUAGACGUAUCUUCUUUCUUGGACCAAGUGACAGGAUUUCUGGGUGAACAUGGGCAACUGGAUGGACUUUCUAGCAGUCCCCCGAAAAAAUGUGCCCGUUCAGAGAGCCUUAUAGAUGCAAGUGAAGACAGCCAGCUAGAAGCUGCCAUCAGAGCCUCCUUGCAAGAGACACAUUUUGAUUCAACACAGACAAAACAGGAUAGUCGCUCAGAUGAAGAAUCUGAAUCUGAACUUUUUUCUGGCAGUGAGGAGUUCAUAUCUGUGUGUGGCUCUGAUGAAGAAGAGGAGAUAGAGAAUCUUGCCAAGUCCAGAAAGUCUCCCCACAAAGAUUUGGGGCAUAGGAAAGAGGAGAAUAGAAGGCCACUGAGUGAGCCUCCAGCCAGAACUGAGCCUGGAACAGCCACAAAUCACCAAGGAUUGCCAGCCAUGGAUUCAGAAAUAUUGGAGAUGUCACCUGAAAAAUCAGAUGGAAUAGUGGAGGGCAUAGAUGUAAAUGGACCAAAAGCACAGCUGAUGUUGCGGUAUCCAGAUGGGAAAAGGGAACAGAUCACUCUUCCAGAGCAAGCUAAGCUGCUGGCUUUGGUGAAGCAUGUUCAGUCCAAAGGAUAUCCAAAUGAACGUUUUGAACUUCUCACCAACUUCCCUCGAAGGAAACUCUCUCAUCUGGACUAUGACAUUACAUUACAAGAGGCAGGCCUUUGUCCUCAAGAGACUGUCUUCGUACAGGAAAGAAAUUAACAUCAUGGUCUGACCUCUCUCAGCUUACCCCUUUUUUCCCUUUUCCUGUGAGAUACCAUGUCACUGAGUAUGCAUUUUGGCUCAUAGGAUCAUAGAGCCAAAGUUGGGCAAGCAAGUCACCUGCCUUCUCUUUUAUUUCUUGCUCUGUCCUAUAAUCAGUCUUAUUCUGCCCCCGCCCCCCGUACCAUCCUUCCCCUAUUUUUCUCUCCUCUCCUGUUUCCUUCUUUUUUCUACUAUUCUUUCUUUCUUGCCUAAUCUGGUGACCAAAUGGAAGUGUAAGGACAAGACCUCCUAGUACUGGCAGCAAGAAAUGUACGUUCCAAUAAGUGGUCUCUUGCAUGGCAUUUUUUCAGGAUCAAAUGCUGUUAACUCCUCAGACUCCUUUGGUAAAGGAAUGGCUAGAGUCAGAAUAGGAACAGCCUCCCUCUUUUGUAGGUCCCAUUUUUAGUAGGGAGAAGUUCUCUAAAACGUUUUGUUUUAUCAUUCAUGUAAGAAAGAUCAUGUACAAAAAUAUCCAAGCUUUUGUUUACAUGGAAAAAGCAUACUUUAAAAUUAUUACUCAUCAUAUUUAAAUUUUUUUCCAAAGGAUUCCCAUCUUCUCAGCUAGAAUUAUUUCCAUGAAAUGCAUUAUUGGUAGAAUGAGUGUCAAAUGUAGGGCGAGUAACAUGGGGUGGCUUUCAGUAUCCUAGCCUGAGGCAGCUUUCUUCAUUAGUCCAUUUGUCCUCUGUAACCUGUAGUGAUCCUGCUAGUCCUGAAACAGACAGUUAGUCAGCAUAUUGUGGUGAUCGGGAUAGAAAGGUGCUUGCUGUUCCGGCCAGUACAGCAUAUUAGUUCCUUUGGCCCUUCCAUUGUUGGGUCCACAAAUGAUCUAUAGGAAGGCAGCUGUUCAAUAAUAAUGCAGUACAAUAGCUUGUAGUUGUAACCACUAUGGUUAUUGAUUGUCCUAUGUGCUUUAAGGCAUACUUACAUAUGUCCCAGAGGAGAAAGAAGAAGGUGCAGCUGAGAAUUGCUAACCAUAUUCCUUUGGUGAGAAAUACUGAUUCAUUUUUUACCCCUUGUUGGAACAGUCUCUAAAAGGCUCUGGUGACUGAAUGAGCUUAAUUCCUCAUGCUGUUUUCUUGCAAAAGGCAUCAAAACUGAAAGCCUCUCUCUCCAAGGGAAGACCUUUAAAUUCAAUUCAUAAGACAACAUUUAAUAAGGCAGGUGGGGAAGAUUAACAGUAAUCUUCAAGUGAUGUGGGUUUUUUCUGCCAACAAAAGCAACAUUCAAAUUGUAGUUGGUUUCAGUAUUAUUUAGAAAAGGCCACCUUGAAUCUGUAUAAUACUGUUUGACUUACCAGUUUCACUAUAUACUCAGUUCUUAUUUUGAGCUUUAAGUAGAGAUCUCUACAAGGGUUUAGUAGUGAUUCUGGUGGCAAAAUCAGAACUUUAACUUGUUAUAAAGCUGUACCAUAGAAUUUGAGAUUUAGAUGAUUCUUCUACCUGAGGAACUGCUAUUGCUCACAGACCUUUAGAUUCCCAUCUACUUUAAGAUCCCUCUCUUGGCAACUGGGGGACUUUUAAAAACGUGGUCAUGUGUUGCUUGUACACAGUGAGAGAAUAUGGUUUCUGAUGGUUGGAUUUUGAGGUGCCCUCCCUAUGGAAUGAGUUAUGUAUCUCCUCAAGGACAUCAUGGAAACUGUUUAUUCUUCAGUGAGUCGCUUUGAAUUAAUGUUCUUACAUUUUUUUCUAAGUCUGUGUAAGUGCUUAUGUAUAAGUAUAUAAUUGUAUAAAUAUUUAUAAAUAUAUUUAUAUAAUUACAAUUUCAUUUAUACCUUGAGUCAAAGUUCUCUCUUUAGAUUGGUGACUGAGAAUACCACUGGCAUUUUCUUCAUAGGCUCUCAAGGCAACUAGCAGCUUCUGAUUUAUUGAGGAAAGGUGGUUUUCAUGCUAAUUCCUCAGUUGUAUCUCUAAACUUGGAAAAUCUACUUGCUAUCUGAGGAAUAGAGCUGUGUACUAUCAAAGGUGCAGUAUAAGUAAAAAUAUUGUUGGUAGUAGGUAAGGUCAGAAAUCUAAAAAUUCAGGGAGGCAGGGAGGCACAGGGUAGGAACUAAGGGUAUGCCAGCUUUGGUGGUGUGAAGGCACCUGUCUCCACUCUCAGCAAAGCCACAGCUAAAGCCCAAAUCUGUCAAAAAUGUGAAGUUAAAGAAUUUUCCCUUUAGGGCUGUUUUGUUCUUCUACCUGUUAGCUUCUCUACAAAACAUAUCUACAGAACCUGAGGUAACAUGGUAAUGAUAGGAUGUAGUUCUUGACAAGCUCAGCCCUUGCAUAUCCAUUUAUGAGAAACCAAAGUGACUUUUUCAACUUGGAUUACUGUGAAAUGACCAAGUACAUAUAAAGUGAUUUAAGUAAUUAUAUCAAAGAGAAAGGGCAUGAAAUACUGAUCCAACUUAGAUACAGCUAAGGUUAUUAGAGUACAAGAUGUGCAAAGGAUUUUAUUUUGUUUUGAGGCAGGAGUGUGAUUAUCUUGGGCUUGAUAGACCUAUGGGGAAGAGAUUAUGGAUUGUACAUGGGAAGAGUAUUUAAGGAGUAUUACUUUGCUUAUGAACUUAAUCCAUUUAGGGAAUAUGCUUCCUCUAGUUUGUCUCAUUUCCUCUGCACAUUCCUUUUGUCUUUGGAGGAGAGGUUUUAUUGAAUAGAUUAAGUGAGAUUAGUAAGAUUAGUUAAAAAUAGUCAUUCCGUGAGGGUAUUGGAAACAGCUUGAAAGAGAUUUUAAAAGGUAGGGAGGAAAAGAACAUAGACCUUGAUAGUAAGUGACAAGAGACAAAUAUAGGGAGAUGAAAUGGAAAACAGUUGGAGGAAAAAGUGAUAGGAACCUCUUUUGAAUUUGAUUUAGGAAUGAGCCAGAGGAAAGGAAGAACAGCCAAAUGAGAAGAAUGGGGAACUAAUUUUGAGUAACUAGCAUGUACUAGGUACUUUUAUGUGCAUUUUCUCCUUUAAUCUUAAGAACUCUACAAAAUGCCUCUUUUCCCCAUUUUAUAGGUAAGAAAGAGGUUUAAGUUCAGAUAACUUAUUCAGGAUAUCAAAGCUAGUUAAGUGGCAAAUCAAAAUUGGCAUUCAGAGUCCAUGUAUUUUUUUACUCCCAUGCUAUCCUGUAGUCUCCUACAAAAAGGGAAUCAGUUUACUCAGAAGGUUAUCUUCCUGUUUGGCUCUGUGAAUUAUCAUUUGGUUUUGUUUCCUUAAAGCUUGUGAGAUUUGCACUAUGCCUGAAAAUUCUUAUUUAUGCCAUUUUUUUGAGGGGCUGAUUAUUGCUUUUUAAAAAUGAUGCAGUGAUGAAAAAUGUGAAAGGAAAAUAACUAUGUGACAUUAUCAAGCAUAAAUGGAAGGAUAAAAAAUAAUUUUUAAAAAACCAUUUUUCAGAAAAGAUGAAGGUUAUCUUUUCAGUGUCCCAUGCAUACCAGAUUAUUGAACCCUCUGUAUGUUUUUAAAUCUUCCAUAAAAUUCUACUUCAUUGACUCUGUAAGUCAACAAUUAUUUGUUGAAUCCUUUAAUCAAAAUAGGAAAUAUCUUGAAGUCUGAUAUCUAGUCCUCUGCCUUUUUUAUCCAGUUGGAGAGAUACACUACACUACACAUGAUAUAAUUGGAGAACAUGUAAAUGCUUGCCUUUCUGGGCCUGAACUGUAAUUACAAUAGAGUUUUAGAAAAGGGAAAGAAUAGUGUAGGCUUUAAUUAGGAAAGUCUUCACAAAAGAAUAAAACUGAAAAGUGUCAAACUCUGUAGCUCAAAUUUUCUUUUGACUCACCUGUACUCUUUAGUUCUGCCUUUUGUAACUACUAAACUUGGAGCAUGUCAUUUAUCAGUAAGGCAUCCCUAGUGCCCAACCAGGGAUGGUAUAUUGAUCCCAGGACUAAAGAUUUUAGCUAGCAGGGAUCUCUCUUGGACACUUAGGAAACUACCAGAGGGAGUCACCAGCAACUGAAAAGUAGAAGAAAAACUUAAUUUUUCUACCCAGGUACAAAUGAAAUGUAUAGUACAUUAUAUAUGAUAUGCAGAAGGGCACUAUAUGUAGGUAUAUGUGGACUUGUAUAACAGCUCUGCUGCUAAUUAACAAAGAAUGAAUUGGACUAGAUCAGUCAUUCUCAGUCUUUUCAAGUGAAAGGACUCAUAAUUUCAAAAUUUGACAGGAGUGUGGAAUUUGGGGUUUAAAUGUUAAUGUCAUUAAUUCCACAGAUAGGAAAAAUCUAAGUGCAUAUGGAAUUGGAGCCCCUAUAAAAACUCUAGGAACCCACAGAUUAUAGACACUGAAUUAGAUUAUCGCUGAAGUCCUUUCUCCAAAACUUAAUGCUUCUGGUCUCUCCCCUUCACUACAUAUUAUCUCUGGGCUAAUUUAAAGUAUACUUGUUAAUCAGUUUCUUGGCUCUUUCUGUGUUGAGGUUUCAUUUGCCCUGUAACUUGAUCUAUCCUGUGAUGACUGAAAUCUCCAAAAAAGGGGAGUAUAAUAGUUGAAGAUCUAGUAAUGAUCUUUUAAACACAAUUCAUUAAUUUAAAAAACUUAGUGCUGUGUUCCUAGUGUUGAGCAUGACUAAAAUGUAACUAA